AUGUAUCUUUUUCCCGAAAAUAGAAGUAGUAAAUAUUUAGAUAAGCUAGAUAAAAAAUUGGCAGUUGAGUAUUAUAUUAUUUGUAGUAACCAAAAUGCUAAACUAAUAGUGUUUAAAAAAACUAUUUCACUUUUUGUAGAUUUGAUGAGAGUUUCUACAGAGACUAUCGAUACCUUAUCACAUGCUGGUAUAACGAUUUCACGAAGGUAUCUUGAUAGAGAGAAAACAGCUAUCGCUGAUAAUCAUCUGCAUAAGUUGCAUUAUGAAAUAUCUUUGGACGAGAAGCUUGAAAAUAUUACUCUUCACAAAUACGAUGAUCGCAUAAAAGAACGAUGGGAAGAGCGUAAAAUGAAAGAUACAAUUCUUUUAGACUUUUUUGAAUUAAGUCUAAAAGAUAUGGAUUCGUAUAUUAUUGUUUUAAAAGAA